AUGCCUGGCGACAGAGAGGACGAGAUUUGUCAAAAAGCACUAGAACUACUGUCUGACCUGUGCUCUAAAGGGGAAGUACAGAAUGAGAACUGUCUGGAUUUCAUUUACCAUUUCCGGGACCUCGCCAGACCACGCUACACGGACUCAGAUGUGUCAGUGAGCCUGCUGUCCCUGGUGGUGACAGCCUGUGGCCUGGCCCUGUUCGGGGUCUCAAUCUUCGUCUCCUGGAAGCUCUGCUGGAUCCCAUGGAGGGAGCCCGUCGACCCCCUUGUCCCCACCCUCGACCGCCGUGAGUCCCAUCGCUGCUCCAUUGUCCCUGUGGCAUCUGGGACCGUGACGGGGCCGGUGACCCCCGUAUCACCGCCCCCCAUAGCGGCGAUCAUCCCCAUCCCAGAGGCGGCCAUGAAGAUUAGCCACACGUCUCCAGACAUCCCCCUAGAGUCCCAGAGUAAAGGCCGCGAGAACGGGGUCCACACCAACCCUCGUACGCAGAGGCAGACUACUGAGCCCUCACCCUCCGUCCGGUCUAACUCUAUUCGUAGAUUAUCCGUAAACAGGUCCAACCCGGACUUUAACGUGGCCCAGUUCCAGAGACAGGACUCCCUGACUGGGAUGGGACUGGGUCUGGGCCGUCUCAAACCAGAGCUUUAUAAGCAGCGCUCCUUGGAAGGGGAUGAGGGCGGCCGGCGGGGCGGAGGCUGUGGACACCUACACUUCAUUCUCAAGUUCGACUGUGACCUGGAGCAACUAAUCGUCAAGAUCCACAAGGCGCAGGAUCUCCCCGCCAAGGACUUAUUGGGCACCUCGGACCCCUACGUCAAGAUCUACCUACUACCGGACCGGCAGACCAAGCACCAGACCAAGGUUCACCGCAAGACACUCAACCCCGUGUUCGAUGAAGUAUUCCUGUUCCCCGUGGAGUACGCUGAGCUGCCGACUCGCAAGCUGCACUUCAGUGUUUAUGACUUUGAUCGCUUCUCGCGCCACGAUAUCAUCGGCCAGGUGGUGGUGGACAACUUCCUUGAUCUGGUGGACUUCCCUGCAGAGACAAAGCUUUGCCGGGACAUCCAGUAUGUCUCCACGGAUAAUGUGGACCUGGGAGACCUGAUGUUCUCUCUGUGCUACCUGCCCACUGCCGGCAGACUGACCAUCACCAUGAUCAAGGCCAGGAACCUUAAGGCCAUGGACAUCACUGGGGCAUCAGACCCGUAUGUGAAGGUCUCGCUAAUGUGUGACGGUCGGAGAUUAAAAAAGAGGAAAACUUCAACUAAAAGGAACACUCUGAACCCUGUCUACAAUGAAGCCAUAGUCUUUGAUGUCCCCCCAGAGAACAUUGACCAGAUCGGCCUUAUGAUCGCCGUCAUGGACUACGACCGUGUAGGCCAUAAUGAGGUCAUCGGGGUGUGUAAAGUGGGCACCGAUGCAGAGCACCUGGGCCGAGACCACUGGAACGAAAUGCUGUCUUACCCGCGAAAACCCAUCGCCCACUGGCACCCGCUCAUAGAGUACCAAGGCACCACAGGCGGGAGCCAGGCAGGGUCCUGUAAUUCCCUGAAGACUCCUCCGUCUCCGUAA